AUGAGCACCCUCAAGAGGAAGGAUGCCCCUGGCGGCAAUCCUCCGUCCAAAUCGGCCAAAAACUUCAAAGAAGCUCGGCCGUCGAAGAAAGAGGCACCGGCCAAAGAUGCGAAGCCCGCGGCCAAGACGCAUCGCAAGUCGGACGAUGCGGCAGAAGAGCGCGCAAAGGCUCCAAUUACCUCUGUCUUGAAGGAUGACGAACCUGUGUUUCCUCGUGGAGGCGGCAGCGUCCUCACACCUCUCGAGCAGAAGAAGAUUCAGAUGGAAGCCAAGGCCGACGCCAUUCGAGAAGAGGAAUUCGAGACGGGAGCCAAGUCACAGAAGAAGAAGGCGAAAAGGUCGACUGUAAAGGGCGACAAGAAGACAGAGAAGAAAGCAGAGGAGGACACAAUCAAGAUUGAGAGUCUGAACUUCAAGAGACUGGUCAAGGGAUCACUGGUGCUCGGACAGGUGACGCGAAUCAGCAACCUCAGUCUUGAAGUGUCAUUACCGAACAACCUCAUCGGCCAUGCCUCCAUCGUCGCCAUUUCAGCCCAAUUGACAAACAGACUCCAAGGUGACGCUGAAAAGGAGGGCGAGAGCGAUGAGGAGGAAUCGUCCGACGAAAACGACGUCAACCUGAAAACCAUGUUCAAGGUUGGACAGUAUGUGAGGGCAUAUGUGGUCUCGACCAUGGAUGGUGCCGCUGGAGGAAAGGGAAAGAGAAAGAUUGAGCUGUCUCUGCGACCCAGCGAAGCCAACACCGGCCUGGAAAAGGACGAUGUUGUAGUCAACAGCACAGUCAUGGCCUCCGUUGUCAGUGUCGAGGAACGCGGCUGCGUCAUGGAUCUCGGAAUUCUAAACCUGAACGGUUUCCUCCCCAACAGCGAAAUUGAUUCUCUCAUCGAUCAGGAGAGGCUCCAGCCUGGUGCAGUCUUCCUCUGCCAAGUCACAGGCAAGAACUCCAACAAGAUCGCCCAGCUUUCCUUGAAGCAAGACAAGUUGGGAAACACCAAAGCUUUCCCUGCCGAUGCUACCACGAUCAACACAUAUCUCCCCGGUACCAUCGUCAGCGUCCUUGUUUCGGACAACGAAGGUAGAGGUUUAGCUGGAAAGAUUAUGGGAACUGUCGAUGCUACUGCCGAUCUGAUCCACUCGGGCAUUGGGCCAAACGACGUUGACCUCAAAGCCAAGUAUAAGAUUGGAUCCAAGGUUAAAGCGAGAAUUAUUUGCAACUUCCCAACGGCCAAGGACCCGAAGCUGGGCAUUUCCCUGCUACCUCACAUCAUGUCUCUGACACAGAAACAUCAGGAUGGCGACGAGAAGCGACCAUUGGAAGUGAUGCCUAUCUCGUCUUUUGUUGAAAAGUGCACAGUCCGCCACGUCGAGCCCGAUAUUGGUCUCUUCGUCGAUACUGGCAUUGCUGGCCUGGGUGGAUUCGUCCACAUUUCGCGAGUCAAGGAUGGAAAAGUCGACGCCCUCUACGAAUCAAGCGGGCCCUUCAAGAUGGGAACCGUCCACCGCGGCCGAGUUGUUGGUUAUAACGAGAUGGAUGGUCUCUUUAGCAUCUCAUUUGCGAAAACCCUUCUUGAGCAGCAAUACAUCCGCCUCGAAGACAUCCCCAUCGGCUCUGUGAUCAACGGCGAGAUUGAGAAGCUGGUCAUCAAGGAGCAAGGUGUUACAGGACUCAUUAUCAAGAUUGCGGAUGGCAUCAGUGGAUUUGUUUCCGAGACACACCUGUCCGAUAUCCGUCUUCAGCACCCCGAGAAGAAGUUCCGUGAAGGCAUGAAGGUCAAGGCUCGUGUACUCUCUGUCAACUUUGCCAAGAGGCAAAUGCGUCUCACGCUCAAGAAGACAUUGGUCAAUUCGGAGGCACCCACCAUCAAUUCUUAUGACGAUGUUAGCAUCGGGAUGCAGACACUCGGAACGAUUGUCAAGGUGCAGCAGAAUGGUGCUCAUAUUCAGUUCUACGGAAGGCUAAAGGGAUUCCUUCCGGUGUCGGAAAUGAGUGAAGCAUACAUUCGUGAUCCUAUGGAGCACUUCAGAGCUGGACAGGUUGUCAGUGUGCAUGCUCUUGAGGUUGAUCCGGAAGCCCGAAGGCUCAUUGUAUCUUGCAAAGACCCCGGCGCAUUCGGACUGGAGAAGCAAACCGCUCUCAAGAACUUGAAGCUAGGCGAUAUUGUAUCAGCCAAGGUGACUCAAAAGACCGAGGAUCAAAUUUUUGUGGAGCUUGUCGACAGUCAACUAAAGGCCAUUCUACCAGUCGGUCACCUUACUGACAAAUCAUCUUCAAAGAACCAGUAUGCCUGGAAGCGAAUCUCAGCUGGACAGACUCUGUCUAACCUCAUGGUUCUCGAGAAGAAUGAGAACCGACGAGCCAUUACUCUCACCCAGAAACCCAGCUUGGUCAAGGCUUCACAGGAUAACAACCUUCUCAAGAGCUUUCACGAUGCGAAAGUGGGCGCGGUCGUCCAGGGCUUUGUACGAAACAUUACGGUUACAGCUGUGUUUGUUCAAUUCGCCGGAAGUCUCAACGCAUUGCUGCCGAGAGGAAAACUGUCGGCCGAGGCUCAAUCACAGCCUGACUUUGGCCUACGCAAGUUCGAGUCUAUCGAAGUGAGAAUCAUCUCGACCAUUCCGGAUCUGAAGCGCAUUCUGGUUGCACCCGCCGACUCACCCGCGCCCGAGGCUGCAGCCAGCAAGCCCAAAACUUCUAACAAGGCUCCGGCCCCAGAAGACGGCCUUACGUUUGGUAGCACAGCCCAGGCCAGAGUCACAUCCAUCAAAGACACUCAGCUGAAUGUCCAGUUGGUGGACAGCGAGAUUCAGGGCCGCAUUGACGUUUCUCAGAUUUUCGACAAAUGGGAGGACAUUGUCGAUCCCAAGGAUCCUCUUGACAAGUUCAACAAGAAGCAGAUUCUCCGUGUCAAGAUCCUCGGAGUUCAUGACGCCAAAGACCAUCGCUUCUUGCCCUUUUCUCACAGAUCUGCUCAUUCGGUUAUGGAACUCACCACCAAGCCCAGCGAUCUGAGCAGCGAAGCCCCCAAGCCGAUCUCUUUUGACGACCUGACAGUUGGCGACACUCACAUUGCCUUUGUCAACAAUGUUACAUCUCAGUAUCUUUGGGUCAAUCUCUCUCCCAAUGUUCGCGGCCGCAUUUCCAUCAUGGAGGCCUCGGAUGACUUGUCUCUCCUAAACGACCUGGAAGCCAACUUCCCUAUCGGAUCAGCUCUCAAAGCAAGAGUGACGUCGGUUGAUGCUAAAAACAACCGUCUCGAUCUGUCUGCUCGAUCACCCAAUGCUUCUGAAGCCAUAACUUGGGCUUCGCUGAAGCAGAACAUGAUCCUGCCCGGCAAGAUCACCAAGGUCAACGAACGACAAGUCCUCGUGAAGCUGAGUGAAACCGUCUCCGGCCCGGUCCAUCUCCCCGAUAUGGUAGAUGACUAUGGCAGCGUCGACACACUCAAGUACAAGAAGGGCGAUAUUGUUCGUGUUUCGAUUGUUGACGUCGACCCCAGCAACAAGAGAAUCCGCCUUUCCAUGCGACCCUCGCGAAUCAUGAGCUCUACAUUGCCUGUCGCAGACAAGGAAAUUAGCAGAAUUUCACAGCUUGCCACGGGUGACAUUGUCCGAGGAUUCGUCAAGAAUGUUGCCGACAAGGGUCUCUUUGUCUUGCUGGGAGGCCAAGUUACUGCUUUUGUCAAGAUUUCCAACCUUUCUGACCGAUUCUUGAAAGAGUGGAAGGACAGCUUCCAGAUUGAUCAGCUAGUGAAGGGCCGUAUCAUUUCUCUCGACGCCGCCACAGGCCAGCUCGAGCUCAGUCUGAAGUCUUCCGUUGUCGACGAGGAUUACACUCCCCCUGUAGGCUAUAAUGACAUCAAGGAGGGCCAGAUCGUCACAGGUGUUGUCCGCAAGGUUGAAGAGUUUGGUGCCUUCAUCCUUAUUGACAACUCGGCGAACGUGAGCGGUCUAUGCCACCGAAGCCAAAUGGCUGACAACGCCGUGAAGGAUGCCACCAAACUCUACAAGGAGGGCGACAAGGUGAAAGCAAGGGUUUUGGAUAUUGAUGUCACCAAGAGGAAAAUCAGCUUUGGCCUGAAGCCAUCCUUCUUCGAAGAUGAGGACACUGAUAUGGAUUCUGAUUCUGAGGCCGGUGCAGCGCUCGAUGGCGAGGGCGAGGAUGACGAGGAAGGCAUGGAUCUGGAUGAAGACACCUUGUUGAAGAUUCUCGGCACGGACAACCAGGGCGACUCUGACGAUGAGGAUGAGGACGAAGAAGAUGAAGACGAGGAGGAGGCAGCUGAGGAUAGCGAUGAGGAGAUGGAGGGCGCUACCGCUACCAAGAAGGCUAGCGGUCUAGGUGGCGGUAAAAAGUCAACAUGGUCGACAAAUCCAUUUGAUGAAUCUGGUUCAGAAUCAGAAAAUGAUUCUCAGGCCGAGCAGGCGGACAAGAAGAAGAAGCGGAAGAAGAAGGGCGAGGCUCAGGUCGACCGAACGGCCGAGCUUGAUGCCCAUGGCCCUCAGACAUCCAGCGACUACGAGCGGCUGCUGUUGGGUCAACCAGACUCCUCAGAGCUGUGGAUCGCAUACAUGGCUUUCCAGAUGCAGGUCAGCGAGCUGCCCAAGGCACGUGAGAUUGCCGAGAGAGCCAUCAAGAGCAUCAACAUCCGGGAGGAAACCGAGAAGCUCAACGUCUGGGUUGCAUAUCUCAACUUGGAGGUGGCCUAUGGCAGCAAACAAACGGUCGAAGACGUGUUCAAGCGAGCUUGUCAGUACAAUGACGAGCAGGAAGUGUAUGAGCGACUGGCCAGUAUCUACAUCCAGUCGGAGAAGCUCAAGGCAGCGGAUGAACUGUUUGAGGCCAUGCUGAAGAAGUUUGGUGCCAAGGCACCCAGCGUCUGGACCAACUACGCACACUUUUUGCACGUCACCAAGAACGAGCCGGCUCGUGCCCGCGCUCUGCUGCCGAGAGCCACCCAGCAGCUGGACAGCCACAACGGACAGAACAUUGUCAGCCGAUUCGCCGCCCUCGAGUUCCGCUCGCCCAACGGCGAGCCCGAGCGCGGCCGCACCAUGUUUGAGGGCCUGCUCGCCGCCUGGCCCAAGAAGGGCGAUCUCUGGAACCAGCUGCUCGACCUCGAAAUCGGCAUUGCCAGCUCCAGCGCCGACUACACCGCCGUGAGGGACGUGUUUGAGAGGAGAACGAGGGUCAAGGGUCUGAAGCCACAGCAGGCGGAGAAGUGGUUCCGCAGAUGGGCCGCUUGGGAGGAGAAGCUGGAUGCCAAGGGCAAGGACAAGGUCAUGGCCAAGGCACAGGAGUGGGCAUCUGGGUUCAAGUCUAGAAAGGAGGCCGAGGCUGCGGCUGCGGCGGCAGAGGAUGAGGAGAUGGAGGAGUAG